GUCGAGGAAGCACUAGAAGCAGUGAAAAAUGCCACAAAUGAGCAAGAUUUAGCAAAUCGUUUUAAAGAGUUUGGAAAAGAGAUGGUAAAACUGAACUAUGUAGCUGCUAGACGACAACAGGAACUGAAAGACCCUCACUGCAGGGAUGAAAUGGCUGCAGCUCGAGGAGCUCUGAAGAAGAAUGCCACGAUGUUGUACACUGCAUCCCAAGCCUUCCUCCGGCACCCUGACGUUGCAGCCACCAGGGCCAACAGGGACUACGUCUUCAAGCAAGUACAAGAAGCCAUUGCUGGUAUCUCCAACGCUGCCCAGGCCACCUCGCCCACUGAUGAGAACAAAGGGCACACUGGCAUAGGAGAACUUGCUGCUGCAUUAAAUGAAUUUGAUAACAAAAUCAUUUUAGACCCCAUGACGUUCAGUGAGGCUCGCUUCAGGCCCUCCCUGGAGGAGAGGCUGGAGAGCAUCAUCAGCGGGGCGGCGCUGAUGGCCGACUCCUCUUGCACGCGCGACGACCGCCGGGAGCGCAUCGUGGCCGAGUGCAACGCCGUGAGACAGGCCCUGCAGGAUCUGCUCAGCGAGUACAUGAAUAAC